AUGGUGUCUGAGGGACCUGAGUUCUGUGAUGUUCUGCAGGAGGAGAAGGACACGCUGAGCUUCCACGUCUCCUCUGGGGUGGACAGAGGAUCUCCGGCCUCAGGAACGUCUGUGAGAGCCCAGGAGAAGACGCCGCGCUCCAGGAGGAAGAUCUCAUCUCCAGCUCAGGGUAACGCAUGGACCUCCACACCUCCACAACUCCAACACACCUUCACAACUCCAACACACCUUCACAGCUCCAACACAACCUCCACAACUCCAACACACCUCCACAGCUCCAACACACCUUCACAGCUCCAACACACCUCCACAACUCCAACACACCUCCACAGCUCCAACACACCUCCACAGCUCCAACACACCUCCACAGCUCCAACACACCUCCACAGCUCCAACACACCUCCACAGCUCCAACACACCUCCACAACUCCAACACAGCUCCAUGACUCCAACACACCUCCACAGCUCCAACACACCUCCACAUCUCCAACACACCUCCACAGCUCCAACACACCUUCACAACUCCAACACACCUCCACAGCUCCAACACACCUCCACAUCUCCAACACACCUUCACAGCUCCAACACACCUCCACAGCUCCAACACACCUCCACAUCUCCAACACACCUCCACAGCUCCAACACACCUUCACAGCUCCAACACACCUCCACAGCUCCAACACACCUCCACAGCUCCAACACACACCUCCACAGCUCCAACACACCUCCACAACUCCAACACACCUCCACAGCUCCAACACACCUCCACAGCUCCAACACAGCUCCAUGACUCCAACACACCUUCACACUCCAACACACCUCCACAACUCCAACACAGCUCCACAGCUCCAACACACCUCCACAACUCCAACACAGCUCCAUGACUCCAACACACCUUCACAGCUCCAACACACCUCCACAGCUCCACACACCUCCACACAGCUCCACAGCUCCAACACACCUCCACAACUCCAACACAACUCCAUGACUCCAACACACCUCCACAGCUCCAACACACCUCCACAGCUCCAACACACCUCCACAACUCCAACACACCUCCACAACUCCAACACAGCUCCAUGA